AUGUCACCCAUAACAGCAACAACAACACAGGUCCCAGUUGGCGAGAUCCAUUGCCAACAAAAUCCCUACAGUCGAGAAUUACAAACUACUUGUAUCGAAUGCUCCGAAAAGCCGGACAAAAAAGGGUUUUAUCAGGUCAAACUCCAUGACACAGUCUUGUUUCCCGAAGGCGGUGGUCAGCCCUUUGAUACUGGCUUUAUCGACGAUAUCCAAGUUUACAACGUACAGCGCAAAAAGCUGGAGCAUAUCCAUUACACCAAGCAGCCUGUUCCUGUAGGGAAACAAGUGCUUGUCAAGCUUGAUUGGGAACGUCGAUGGGACCACAUGCAACAACACAGUGGGCAGCAUUUGCUUACAGCUGUUUUGGAACAAGCUCCUUAUAGCGUUGACACUGGCUCAUGGAACCUUGGCGCCACUAAAUGUUUUAUCGAGCUCCAAACCGGCGAAGCAAAGAAACAACGCAUGCCCACACCAGAAGAACUCGUCAUUGUCGAAAUACGUGUCAACCAACUCAUUCUUGACGCCGUUCCCGUCAUUGUACACACCGAAUCCUUUGACGAAUCCAGCAAACCCGAAAGUCUACCCGACGAUUAUGUUGGCGGUGGCACUAUUCGUCGCGUCGAGAUCCAAAACCUGGAUUUGAAUCCCUGCUGUGGCACACACGUCGCACACACCGGCCAUUUACAAUCCAUCAAAUUGUUACACACGGAAAAGGCGCGCGGCGGCAAUACACGUUUGUUUUUCCUUGUUGGACAGCGUGUGACGGACACGUUGGGUACAUCGUUGAACGUUUCGCGACAAUUGAACAACUUGUUGUCGGUGCCGCAAGAAGCGUUUGUGGAAAAUGUCGCACGGCUGCAACAAGCGCGAUCUGCGAAUCAAAAGACUGUAAAACGAUUGAUGGGCGAGUUGGCAGGUUAUGUUGCUGCAGAGAUCGGUCGACGUAUCAACAAGGAGGAUACCGAUGUGGUGAUGUUGUAUCGUGAGGAUGCCGAUAUGGAGUUUUUGCAGACGAUUCAAUUGGCCAUUCGCGAUCAGAAUAUACUACUUGGUGGUGGUGGUGGUGAUGGCGCCAGUAAUAGCAAUAAGGUGGUCGUAUUGGCUGCAGGUGAAAAGCAUUUGGGCGGACCCAUGAUGAUUGCUGCGAGCAACGAUGGUGCAUUGCAGCAGGUGGCCAAGACAGUAACUGCUGCUUUGGAUAUCAAGGGUGGUGGCAAAGGACGAUGGCAGGGCAAGGCCAAGAAUUGGAAGGGCAUUGAUGAGUUGCAAAAACAGCUGGAUCAGUUGAAGAUCAAUGCUUAG